AUGAGGGCUUUCCCCCAAAGGCUUGGCAAGUUUAAGGUGAUAGCAGAACAACUUGAGAUUCCAUGUUCUGCCAUGUUGUGUUUGGAUGUUCCAACUCGAUGGAACUCCACAUAUAUGAUGUUGGCGGUGGCACAGAAGUACGAAAGGGCGUUCUUGCGAAUGGAGGUCGAAGAUGGGGGUCUAAGGUAUGCUUUGAUAGGGUCUACUGGGAGGAGAAGGGGACUCGGUGCGCCGGAUGCAGUUGAUUGGGAUUGUGUGAAGUCUUUUGUUGAUUUUUUGAAGUUAUUUUAUGAUACAACUAUGCGGAUAUCUGGAUGCAAAUAUUGUACUGCAAACUUGUACUUAGACGAGCUUUCCAGGAUUCAUGAUCACUUGCAACAGAAUUAUGCUAAUAGUGAGGGAUUGUUAUUUGCUACGGCUAUGAGGAUGAAAUCAAAAUAUGAAAAAUAUUGGAGGGAUAUUGUGAAGAUAAAUAGACUAUUACUUGUGGCUGCAAUCCUUGACUCCCGAUAUAAGUUGGAAAUUAUACAAUUUUUAUUUAUUGACAUCCUUGGGGAAGAGAAGGCUGAAGAGUUUAUUAAAGAGCUAAGAAAGGAUAUUGAUAACUUAUAUGGCCACUACAACAGUAAUAGUCAUCCUACUCCAGUAAGUGGUAGCCGUAGCUCCUCACACCCGACCAGUUCGACAUCUUCCGGUGAUUACACUGCUUCUGCUGCAACUCUUUCAUCACCAUUGGUGCAGCGAUAUCAUCAAAGGCGUGCAUCGAGGAAUAUUAUGCAGUCCCGAGAUUUGUUGGUUAUUUCUAUCACUACGGUUGCCUCUGAGUCGGCGUUUAGCACUGGAGGUCAUGUGAUGGAUGCUUAUCGGAGUUCAUUAUCAGCUUCAACUGUGGAGGCCCUCAUUUGUACACUGAACUGGCUAUGUGAAAUGCCCAUUGGAGUAGAUAUCAUUGAUUCCGAGAGCUAUAGGCUUGAAUCAACGGUCGUCAGUUCUGUGAUGGCAGAAGGCACACGAGGAGCGUUGAAGAACCAGCAGGAAGAGCUGCAUAAGCAUCAGGAUGUCCUCCAAAAGCAGUUGGAUACACAUCAACAGGCUAUUACGGGUAUGUUUGAAAAGUUACAGCAUGUUUCUGACAUGCUUUGUUCUUUGGUUGAAUCAAUACAAGUUAAUCUUCAUAGAGAAGGGGUUAAUGAACCUAGAAGUCAUGAAGAUAGGACCAUGCAGAGAAGUUUUCGUUUGGAUUUUCCAAGAUUUGGUGGUAGUGAUCCUGCUGGGUGGGUCUUUAAAGCAAAUCAAUACUUUGAUUGCUAUCAAACACCAUUUCAUCAGAAAUUGAUGGUGGCAUCUUUUCAUAUGGAAGGUGAGGCACUGGUUCGAUUUGGACCAUCAUCAUAUGAUGAUCCAAUGGAAGUAUUAGCUAAGUUGAAACAGACAACUUCUGUGACUAUGUAUAAAUCACAGUUUGAUAACUUAGCAAAUAGAUUACAAGGCUUGUCUGAGAGACACCUACUUAGUUACUUUGUGAGUGGGUUGAAAGAUGAGAUCAGAUUGGGUGUGAAAAUGUUGAGUCCAGUCAAUCUUGGUGCUGCUUAUGGGUUAGCAAAAAUCCAAGAAGAAUACCUAUUUGCUAUCAAGAAACCAUGGAGAGGGUUUUCAGUACCAACCGAGCCUGUGGUGGAAACUAAUAAAGUGCACAGACCUCCUUUAGCAGUAAAGAAAGUUUUUUCUUCACAAAUGGAUGAGAAAAGGAAGAAAGGCCUUUGCUAUCAUUGUGAGGAAAAAUGGAAUCCUGCACAUGUGUGUAAGACUCCUAGGGUGUACCUAAUGCAAGUAGAAAAUGUGGGGGAUAAGGCCAUAGAAGUAGAGGAGGUAAUUAAUGAACCUCCUAUAACCAGUGAACAAUUGGUGACAGAUGAGGGUGAAGCAGUGGAGGUGUCCAUUCAUGCAAUUUCUGGGUGCUCUACUAGUAAUGCCAUGAAGUUACUGGGGAGGGUAGGAAGUUGUGUGGUGGAAAUUUUGGUGGACUCGGGGAGUACACACAAUUUUUUGGAUCCAUUAGUAGUACAAACUGCAAAACUGAAAGUCCAUAAGGAUUCGAAGUUACAAGUUGAAGUAGCUAAUGGGGAUAAGCUGAUUAGUGGAGGAAGAUGUGAGGAAGUCAUAAAAGUUCAAGAUUCCAAGUUUAGAAUUCCUUUUCAUGUUCUGACAUUGGGAGGUUGUGAUAUGGUUUUGGGAGUUCAAUGGCUCAAGACUUUAGGGCCAAUUUUCUGGGAUUUUAAUUCAAUGUCUAUGAGUUUUUCAGUGGGUAAUUCAAAGAUCACAUUGAAUGGGUUAAAAUCUGAAGGAAUAAGGGUACAUAAUGGGGAGGGCAAUCUCAAGUCUUCCUUGGUAAGGCAGCAAGGGUGGUUUUUGCAGUUAAGGGCUGAAGAUCAAGGUGGGAAACCUGCCAAUCAGGUGAAAGAAGUGGAUGAAUUAUUGCAAGAGUUCAAGGAAGUUUUUGCAGAACCUGUUGGUUUACCUCCUAACAGGUCAUUUGAUCAUAGUAUUCCUCUUAAGGAGGGUACGGGUCCUGUUUCUGUCAGACCUUAUAGGUAUCCUCAUUAUCAAAAAAAUGAGAUUGAGAAUAUUGUGAGAGAUUUGUUGAAAACUGGAGUGGUUAGACCCAGUCAGAGCCCUUUUUCAUCACCAGUCUUGCUUGUUAAAAAAUCAGAUGGAUCAUGGAGGAUGUGUGUGGACUAUCGAGCCUUAAAUCAGGUAACAAUCAAAGACAAAUUCCCUAUACCUGUCAUUGAUGAGUUACUUGAUGAAUUAUUUGGAGCAUCAGUUUUUUCUAAACUGGAUUUAAGGUCUGGAUAUCACCAAAUUCGUGUAAAAGAUGUGGACAUUGAAAAAACAGCUUUUAGAACUCAUGAAGGCCAUUAUGAGUUCUUAGUAAUGCCUUUUGGCCUUACUAAUGCCCCUGCAACCUUUCAAGGGUUAAUGAAUGAUGUGUUUAAACCUUUUUUAAGAAGGUUUGUCUUGGUGUUCUUUGAUGAGAUUCUCAUCUACAGUAAGAAUUUGAGAGAUCAUGUUUCACAUCUCAGAGCUGUUUUACAUGUGCUGAAGCAACAUACUUUAUAUGCAAAGAUGUCUAAGUGUAGGUUUGCCAUGCAUGAAGUUGAUUACUUGGGGCAUAUCAUUUCUGCUGAAGGUGUUAAAGCUGAUUCUUCUAAGCUUGUUUCUAUGGUGGAAUGGCCUAUUCCGAAAUCAUUAAAAGCCUUGAGAGGAUUUCUGGGCCUCACUGGCUAUUACAGAAAAUUUAUCAAGGAUUAUGGCUCUAUUGCUGCCCCUUUAACAGCAUUUAAGAAAUUGAAAGAAGCUGUUACAAGUCCACCAGUACUUCGAUUGCCUGAUUUCUCUAAAAGCUUCACUAUUGAAUGUGAUGCUUCUGGUAUUGGAUUGGGGGCUGUACUCAUGCAGGAGGGUCAGCCUAUUGCUUUUUAUAGCAAGGCAUUAAAAGGUAAGGCAUUGCUUUUAUCAACCUAUGAGAAAGAGCUACUAGCUCUUGUUUCUGCUGUAGCUAAAUGGAGGCCUUAUCUGUUAGGGGGAGUUUUUCAAGUUAAGACUGAUCAGCAGGCUCUUAAGUACUUAUUGGAGCAACGGGUAGGUACAGAAACUCAACAGAAGUGGUUAUCUAAGCUAAUAGGCUAUGAUUUUACCAUUGAUUACAAGAGGGGAAAGGAAAAUCAAGUAGCUGAUGCUCUUUCCAGGAAGUCUGAAGAGCAGACAGCCACUUUAGCACUCAUUACCUUUCCUACUUCUCUUUGGAUAGAAGAGUUGAAACAAAGCUAUCAGCUUUGUUCCCCCAUUCGAGAAAUUUAUGAGAAGUUGCAACAUGGAUCUGAGGGUCCAAAACAUUUCACCUUACAGCAGGGCUUGCUGUUAAGAAAAGGGAAGAUUGUGGUGGUUUCAGAUUCAGCAUUCAAGACUAAGGUCUUGUAUUACAUUCACAAUAGCCCACAAGCUGGUCAUAUGGGUUAUCACAAGACAUUACACAGGGCUAAACAAGAUUUUUAUUGGAAGGGGAUGCGCAAAGAUGUUAAGACCUUUGUCAAAGAAUGUGAAAUUUGUCAAGCAUGCAAGCAUGAAACUUUGCAUCCAGCUGGACUUUUGCAGCCAUUACCUGUACCAUCUUCACCAUGGGCAGAUAUUUCCAUGGAUUUUAUUGAAGGAUUACCUUCUUCAGAUGGCUAUACUGUCAUUUUUACUGUGGUGGACAGAUUCACCAAGUUUGGACAUUUCUUUUCUUUGGCACACCCUUAUUCAGCAAGUAAAGUGGCUCAGGUUUUUUUUUCUGGGGUCUUCAAGCUCCAUGGCUUGCCAAAAUCCAUUGUGUCAGAUAGAGAUGCUAUCUUUACCAGUAAUUUUUGGAAAGAAUUAUUUAGAUUGCAAGACACUUCUCUCAAUUUCAGUUCUGCUUAUCAUCCACAGUCUGAUGGGCAAACUGAAGCUUUGAAUAAGGUUGUUGAAGGUUAUCUCAGGUGCUAUACAAGUGACAAACCUAAGGAAUGGAACCUGUGGCUUCCUUUGGCUGAAUGGUGUUAUAACACCACUUGUCACUCUUCAAUUAAAAUUUGCCCUUUUGAAGCGUUGUAUGGAUAUGUACCUCCCAGAUUAGUUUCUUAUGUAGCAGGAACUUCUGUCAAUCCUGCAGUAGAUCAGCAACUAAGAUCCAGAGAACAGCUUUGGGUGAUGUUGAGGGAGAAUAUAUUGAAGGCUCAAAAUAGAAUUAAGGAUUUUGCAGAUAGAAGAAGAACUGAAAGGGAAUUUCAAGUGGGGGAUUGGGUGUUUCUCAGACUACAGCCAUAUAGACAGAAAACUGUAGCCUUACGCCAUAAUCUUAAGUUGGCUCCAAGGUUCUUUGGACCUUUUAAAAUUUUGGAGAGGAUUGGGACAGUGGCCUAUAGGCUUGAAUUGCCUUCUUCUACAAAGAUCCAUCCUGUGAUACAUGUCUCUUGCUUGAAGAAAAAGCUUGGCCAGAAUGUUAUACCAUUGCCUACACUACCACCUGUGGACUCUCAGGGGCAAGUUCAACCUGAACCUGAGUUGAUUUUGCAAAGGAGGAUGAAGAAAAUCAGGAACAAUGCUGUGACUGAAGUCUUGGUGAAAUGGUUAGGAGCUUCUGCAGAAGAUAGCACUUGGGAACUUUUGUGGAAGUUACGUGAUCAGUACCCACACCUUGUGGGCAAGGUCCUUUGA